GGGCAGUGAAGCAGCAGUAAGAUGUGAGUCAACCGCCGAGAGAAAAGAUGAAGGCCGCAAGUUAAACCGUGGCUCCUGAGAGCGUCGAAAAGAAGUUGGAUUCAGAGGUUUGAAAUGCCUGCAGCAUGGCUUGUGCUCACCAAUCUGCUAAAGAGUACCUAAAAAAACAGGAAAACACUACUGACUCAAAUGAAAACCUUUCUCUGAUCAUUGAUAAUCUUUAUCAGGAGAAUAUCUUCUGUGAUGAUGAGGUCAAUGCUCUGAAAGCUGACAGGACUGAGUUUGAACAAGCCAGAUGUUUAUUAGACAUGGUCAUUAACAAAGGUGAAGAGGCCAGCUAUGAAUUUCUCCGGAUUCUGGAUGUCACUAAGAAGAGGACAUUAGAUCCUGAUUUACACUACUGGAUCAGCUGCUUUUCCUUCAGAGAUGAAGAUACAGAGGCCAGCUAUUCAUUCAGUACAAAGCCCUGUCACAUCUAUCAGAAACAGCUCAAGGAGAAAGCAGAAAGUAUUCUGAAGAACCAAAGUUUCUGUAAAUAUUUGGACGACAAGGUACAAGGAAACAUACCUCUGCUUUUAAAGACUGACCGUGUCCUGAAAACAAAAUGCAAAAUAAAAUCGAAAAGCAAAAAAUUAAAAAAGCUACGGCCCAAGAAGCUGAGAGCUUACAUUCCUAGCCAGGGACAAGCUCUAUUACCUGAGGAUCUCCUGAGAUGGCAGGAAAAGAGCAUCCUCAUCACUGGCAAACCUGGAGUAGGAAAGACGUCGGUUGUCUUGGAAAUGCUGCGUGUUUGGGCAGAGAAGGAAUACAGAGAGAUAGACUACAUGUUUUACUUUGAUGAGAGUGUUUUGGCCCACGAUGGCGUUUCCAGCCUGGAAGCUCUUUUGUUUGAUGGGUAUUUAAGACCAAUGGAAAAAGACAGAAAAGAAGUGUUUGAAGAUAUUGAGGAAAACAAUGAGAAUGUUGUUAUUGUGUUUGAUGGUGUGACAGAUUUGGAAGAAAAAUCCAUCUUCUGGAAGAUCAUGAAUAAUGAUCUCCUGCCUGAUGCCAAGAUCGUGAUCACCUGCAGGUCAGAGGUGGAAGAUGAUCCAGUUUUCUCUGACUGGCCGUCACAAACAGUGUAUGUCCAAGGAUUCAGUGAAGAGUCUAUCAAAACUUACUACCGGAGUAGAUUGGGUCAUGAUCCUGGUCUUCUAGAAGUUGUUUUGAAGAAUCAAGGGCUGAUUAGUCUCAGUCAUGUUCCAUUGUAUGCGUUCAUGAUUGUAAGCUCAAUUAAGUCUAAAAAUGGCACUGUAUUCAAUAAUCAACACACAGUCACUGGGAUGUACGUCCACAUUUUCCGCUUUGCUGCGAAGAAACAUGGGAAUAAACAAAAUAAGCAAAUAGAUAAGUACCUGAAAGAGAAGAAAGAUCAGAUUCAUCUAUUGAUGGAAAAUGCUUUCAAUGCAACCAUGAAAAAGUGCCUGAACCUUCCAGACAUUAGCUGUGAUGAGACUUUUUGUCACGCUUUUCUGAAAAUGAUCACAACAAGAGACUCAACAACAUACUGUGCGUUUCUCCACAACACAAUGCAGGAAUUCUUCUCUGCAUUGUGGCUACUUGAACAUCCAGAUGAAAUCGAGGAUGUUCUACAGCUCUGUCAGACCGAGAAGCAUAAACGCAUGAGACACGUUCUUCCUUUCUUAUGUGGACUUCUGAGUGAACACAACACCAGACUCCUCAAGUGUCUCUUCGCAGAGGAUCAGAUAAAGAGAACAUCUGACUACUUCAUUGAGAAGCUUUUAGACACGUUUCUUCAAGCUCAGAGUGAGAAUGAAGAUGUUGAUCUUCUCUAUGUGUGUCAGUGCUUGUAUGAGCUCCAGUCUCCUAAAGCCUGCUCAGUUCUCCUGGAGAAGAUAGACCAUCGGCUUGAUCUAGACGUGGAUCUGGAUCCUCAUCAGUGUUGUGCUUUAUCUUACGUGAUCGGUCAGUCCAGAGAUAAAGAGGUUUAUCUGAAUCUGGAGCACUGUAACGUGACUGAUGUAGGAAUAGACAUGAUGCUCAGCUGCUCUCCAAACAUCAGGUUAAAGACAUGUAAAGAUUCACUGGAGCAAAUCACCUUCUUUGUAGAAUUAUUCCAUAAAUCCUCCCAGUGUGACUGCAAACUAUUUGAGGUGAGAGGACAAUACAACCCAGAAGAAAUCAAUGCUCUGCUGGAUCUUUACUCUCACGUGAAGAUCUAUGAGACUCAAACAGGCAGGAGUUAUCUUCCAGCAUUACAGUCAGUAUUUCAGUCUCCUGAUAAAUGGAUCAUAGAUCUCUCAGAGAGAAAGAUCUCCAUCCUCCUGGAAGUGCUAAAGCUCCAGAAAGAGAAGAAAGCAGUAGAGCUGAGAAGAUGUUCAGAGGAAGAGAGAGAAGUGAAGAGUUUCCUUCAGUGUCUGCCCUACAUCUCACAGCUGAGAUUCUCUGAUCAGACUGAAAGUAGGAGAUUUCUUCAGAGACUCUUCAUUAAAGCAGCAGAGAUUGAGACACAGACAGGAGAACAGAUGCUGAAUCUGUUAGUGUCUUUCUGCACCAGCUCUUAUGAUUAUGAAUGGACUGACAUAUUUUAUGAUACUGAUUUCCUGCUGGAUCUUUUCUCUCACGUGAAGAUCUAUGAGACUCAAACAGGCAGGAGUUAUCUUCCAGCAUUACAGUCAGUAUUUCAGUCUCCUGAUCAAUGGAUCAUAGAUCUCUCAGAGAGAAAGAUCUCCAUCCUCCUGGAAGUGCUGAAGCUCCAGAAAGAGAAGAAAGCAGUAGAUCUGAGAAGAUGUUCAGAGGAAGAGAGAGAAGUGAAGUUUCCUUCAGUGUCUGCCCUACAUCUCACAGCUGAGGUUCUGGCUCACUGAUGAAGAAGAAAGGAUGUGUUCAGUCAGAGUCCUGCUGAAUCUCUGUGUUGCUGCAGAAGAAACUGACAGAAAUACAGGAACAAGAUUCUCCAGUCUGCUGUUAUCUGUGUGCAGCUACAAAACAU